GCAUCCCAUGACCUCCACUAAGAAUUCCACAAUUCAAAACUUUACAGAACACUUAUAGCUUUCACCAGACAACUUCACUAGUGUCGCAGCAUUUUGCGAUGCUCAGCCCCUAUGGCCAAAGCGGGCCCGUCAGAAUACCAGAAGUCCAAUUCUAUGGCAGCGUACGUCGUGCGUGCGAUUGCUGUAGAAGAAAAAAGAUCCGAUGCGAUACCUCUCUACCAUGCGGGAACUGCCGUACGAAAUCGCUUACAUGCACCUACUUGCAUUCUCCAAAGAUGAAGGGACGGGAGAAGAGCCAAGAUAGUGCAGGGCUGGGUUCUAUUUUCCAAAGCAAUGGCGAGCCAGUCUACGAGGGGCAACAGAGAUUACCAACCAGCAGCUCGUCACCAACGUCACUGGAGUAUCAAUUUGCGUGCUCUUUGGACAAUUUGCAACCAAAUUUACCGAGCAAUAUCUCUGUUGCAAGCCACAACGAUGCAGCCUCCCUAUCCGUCGGGUCGCCAGUAUAUCCCGAAACCUACGGUGCGCCGGGCCUAGUUGCACGGCCUGCUGCCUCUGAAGAUUCUUACGAUGGCUGGCCUGACAAAAAACCGCGUAUCCAAGUGUCGAUUGUAGAUCUCUUACCGCUAAUAGAGAUGUACUUUGACCACCUUUUCCCGAUAAUGCCGGUCUUGGAUCGAAACAAGUAUCUCAAUUCAAAAGUGCUCGAGGAUCAGGUUGCUCUACCUCCAGGAGAGCAUGCUUUACUAACUGCUGUUUCAGCACUGACAAUAGUGCAGCUCAGUCUCCCAGGGCACUUUGUGCCGAAUGAUAUUCCAACAAUAUCUGCUGGGAUGUUAAUCGAGGAGUGUUUACGGACGCGCCAUAGAUGCAAUUACAUUGAAAACCCAAAUCUAUCAACCGUUCUGACAUCCUUCUUUUUAUUUGGCUAUUACGGAAACCUCGAAAAGCACAACCAAGCUCGACAUUUUCUUCACGAAGCCAUCUCGUUUGCUGAAGCAAUUAAACUUGAUGACGAAGUCUACUUAUCCCAGCUGGAGACUAGACAGGAGCAGUGGUAUCGAAGGACAUUCUGGCUUUUGUUUAUUACUGAAAGGGCAUAUGCUCUUCAGCAGCAGAACCGUAUUAAAAUCCAGACCUCAUUAAACAAACUACCCGCAGUCUUUGGAUCGGAAGAGCCGCAACUUCUAUACGGAUUCGUCAAUCUUGUCAACUUAUUUAUCGUCAUCGAUAGCACGUUCCUAUCUAUGGUGAAUAGUACGUCAAAAAGCGCCGACUUUUCUAAGACUUGGCUUGUUGAAGUUCUCCGCAAGCUGGCUGCGUCGUCCAUAACAUAUGAAACCCUUGAAACGCACCAACUAGACAUCUUGGUAUCAAGACAAUGGCUACAGAUGCGUCUGUGGCAGCUCAGUGUGAAGCAGGGCCUACUCACUACGAACUCUACCGAGGAGCCUUUUAAUUUACAAUACCCGAUUCUCCUUGCACGAGAUGUCGUGAGAACUAUCAGCUCGGUGAAUCAGGAAACAUUAGACUCUCACGGUAUUGGAAUGGAGCAAAAGCUGGCCGAUAUAGCCGCCUGUUUAACAGACGUGCUAAAAUGUGCUGAAGGUGAUAUGUCGGAGCCAUAUCCGCAAGGUCGUGAAUACCUUGUGGCUUUGUUUGAACAACUGUCGCGGAUGAGGGGAGCCCAAUCGCGUUACUUGCAGCCCUUACUAGAGAAGUCCCAUGCCGUCACUUGCUAGGGAUUCUCAUUGCAAACGGAUUUCGAAUGAACUUGGAGGGAUACGUGCAAUAAGAUGGCCAAGAUGAAGAGCUGGCGAAUAGCCGCAUCGCUGGUGCCGCCAUGGUGAAGAUGCUUGGAAGGGACUCCAAAAAGUUUAGAAAGUGGGCAAACGAGAUUUGUCAACGAACUUUGUAAAACAGCGACGGAGGUUAAAUGUUUGAAGUUACUACGGAACAUACGGAACAUACGCUCAAGAAUAGACAACACUGAAGAUCCUCUAAUACUGUGCUGUAUGUAGAGAGGAACUAUAGUACAUAGGCAGGCAACGUUACAUACCGAUUUGUAAUGUCCAAAGGUUGAAAGGCGUAAGCUGCCAAGUCAACCGAACGAACCCAUUAGAUAAACAGGAUACAAAGAAUAAAGAACAUAUCAUAUCUCCUAAUCAACAAAUAGCGUACCGACAGGGAG